GACCAGCUGUGCAGCAGGGUGAGCUCCACUCUGGACUCGAGCUCUGUAGCUGCUGCUGCAGCCAUCGGCGCUCGUGACCCGCCUUCCGUAACCUCCAGCUUCACGCUGAGCCCCGCCGAGCCGAGAUCCAAAGUUGGGCUCCUCUAGAAACUCACUUUGCUGCCUCUCCAGGCGACGGCUUCGACAUCCCCCUCCCCCUCCAGGCUGCACAGUCGCGUCCCCCUCCUCCUUCCCCCUGUCCUGCCGCCCCUGAUUCCCAGCCCUCCCUCUCCCCGUCCCACUCAAACCCAUCCCGUUGCAGUGGGCUGUCAGCUUGAAUUCUGAGAGCUGCAUCUUUCCAACGCCUCCCUGAAGGGCGACUAUGCUCCUGUGGGGUGUCCUCCUGGCCGUGCAAGCGCUGCAGUUUGCCAGAGCUGUGGAGCUCCCUGCUGGCUCUUGUGCCUUUGAAGACAGCACUUGUGGCUUUGACUCAAUAUUUACAUUUUUGCCAUGGAUUUUAAAUGAGGAAGGUCAUUAUAUUUAUGUGGACUCUACCUUUGCCAAGCAGGGGGAGAAAGCAGUCCUGCUGAGUCCUGACCUACAGGCAGAGGAGUGGAGCUGCCUUCGGCUAGUUUAUCAGAUCACCACAUCUUCACCAUUUCUAUCCAUCCCCAGCCGGCUAAAUCUCUUCAUCAGGUUUGAAGGAGAAAACUUUGAUCGGUUGCUGUGGUCAACCAAGGAGUCUUCUGAUAGUUGGCUCAUAGCCAGUCUAGAUUUGCGAAAUAGCACCAAGAAAUUCAAGAUAUUAAUAGAAGGUAUACUGGGGGAAGGAACUACAGCCAGCAUUGCAGUCUUUGAAAUUAAGAUGAUGACUGGAUACUGUAUUGAGUGUGACUUUGAAGAAAAUCAUCUCUGUGGCUUUUUGAAUCGCUGGAAUCCCAACGUGAACUGGUUUGUUGGGGGAGGAAAUAUACGGAAUUCACAUUCAAUUCUUCCUCAUGAUCACACACUCAAAAGUGAACUGGGCCACUAUAUGUAUGUGGACUCUGUUUACGUCAAGCACUUCCAAGAGGUCGCCCAGCUCAUCUCCCCAAGGACAACAACUCCCAUGUCUGGCUGCCUGUCUUUUUAUUACCAGCUCCAGCAAGGAAAUGACAAUGUUUUCACCCUUUAUACCCGGGAUGCCAGUGGACUUUAUGAAGAGAUAUGGAAAGUUGACAGCUCUCUGAGUGAAGCAUGGAACCUAGCUGAAGUUGACUUCAGUGCUCCAUACCCAACGGAGGUUAUUUUUGAAGUUGCUUUUAAUGGUCCCAAGGGAGGAUACAUUGCCCUGGAUGAUAUUUCUUUCUCUCCAGUUCACUGCCAAAACCAGACAGGGGUCUCUUUUGAUGCUUCAGAAGCAAGCUGUGAUUUUGAGGAAAAUCUGUGCAAUUUCUAUCAAGAUAAAGAUGGCCCUGGCUGGAGCAGAGUAAAAGUGAAACCUAAUAUGUACCGAACAGGAGACCACACUACAGGAUUUGGUUAUUACUUGUUGGCGAACACAAAGUUUACAUCACAGCCAGGCUAUAUUGGACGCCUCUAUGGACCCUCCUUACCAGGAAACUUUCAGUAUUGUCUACAUUUUUAUUAUGCCAUAUAUGGAUUUUUUAAAAUGAGUGACACCUUAGCUGUCUAUAUCUUCGAAGAGAACCAUGUGGUCCAAGAGAAAAUCUGGUCGGUUUUGGAGUCUCCACGGGGAGUUUGGCUUCAAGCUGAAAUCACCUUCAAGAAGCCCAUGCCUUCUAAGGUUGUUUUCAUGAGUUGGUGUAAAAGCUUUUGGGACUGUGGCCUUGUAGCCCUAGACGAUAUAACAGUACAUCUGGGAAACUGCCAGUCUACCGAGACACUUCCACCCCCACCAGGGGAGUGUACUUUUGAGCAAGAUGAAUGUACAUUUACUCAACAAAGAAGAAACCGGAGCAGCUGGCAUCGAAGGAGAGGAGAAACACCCACAUCCUACACGGGUCCAAAAGGGGAUCACACUACUGGGGUAGGUUACUACAUGUACAUCGAGGCAUCUAAUAUGGUUUAUGGGCAAAAGGCUCAACUGGUGUCAACAUCUCUAAGAGGAGUCAUUGGAAAGCACUGCCUCACAUUUUUCUAUCACAUGUAUGGAGCAGGAACUGGACUCUUAAAUGUUUACUUGAAAAUGGAGGGUUAUAGAGAAGAGUCCCUCUUGUGGCGAAGAAGAGGCGAGCAGAGUAUUACCUGGCUAAGAGGAUUGGUUGAAUACAGCUGUGAAAGGCAGCAUCAGAUUGUUUUUGAAGCUAUUCGGGGUGCAUCGAUAAGAAGUGAUAUUGCUAUUGAUGACAUUAAAUUUCGGGCAGGACCCUGUACAGAAAUAGAAGAUAUGACUCAGCAGUCAUCAGGAUUUUCUGAAGAUCUGAAUGAAAUUGAGUAUUAAGAAACAUUUUCUAAAUUGGAUGACAUGCCAUAUCAACUAAAUAACUGAACAACUGCACAACCUCUCUCCUAUCUUGAAAAACAAAAGCAAUUGAAUACUGAACAGUUUAAAAUAUUUUACUGGUGUUUAGAAAGAAUUUGGAACACCUUCCCUCCUCACUUUUGCAAGAUUACUGACUCAGGGCUUUUUAGACCUUUCUUAUUUUAUUUUUCUUCUCUCUCUCUCUCUCUCUGGCAUGUGACAACUGUUACUGUUUGUACAGGCUUUUCUAUUUUGCACAGAUCUUGUAUCUUAAUAUUUUUAUUGAUUGUAAGUCAUUUUUAAAAUUCACAGAUCAAGGUAAGAAAAGAUGUACAACAGGGCUGUAUGUAAUAAUUUUGUGCUGAUAGGCCCUCAGAAAUAGUAACGGGCACAUUAAAACAUGCAACUUGGCAAGACAUAGGGAGAGGGGACUUCUAGGUAGGCCCUGGGUGUCCCCAAAUGGGGCCAGGAUGACCCACUGUGGCUAUCUCCUUGGGGUAUAAUCCAAGACAACAUGUGCUCACUUAAAUCCGCAUUCAGUGAAUGUUUGUAUUGGGUGGAACACUGGUCUUACGGGGGUUUGGUUUGAUUUUAAUUUCAAGAAUAAUAAAUGUUUAAAGUAAGUAGCAUUGGAUAUUGAUAAUAUCCUGCAGAUUGAAUGCAGUUUUUCAUGGUGACAAGUUUGUUUGGAGAAAAGUCUUUUACUUCUUGUACCUUGUGUUCCAUAAAAAUGAAAUUUUUGCUACUUGUUGCCACAGCAAUUACUAUAAUGAACCUAUUUGUUAUUCUUGUGUAUGACAAAUGGGCCUCCAUAAAUGUUCUAGCACCAGUCAGUUAAUGUUAUAUUAUGGUACAGUGUUAUCUGUCUUAUUUUUGCCCUCAAACUGUACUUUAGAGAAGUCACCAGUCUUCAGUGAGUAUGUGGGUAGAGAUUACACAUUUUUAUAAAGCAGGUCUGAAACUAUUUAU